AUGUUAGCGUGUCAGCUUCGAAGACUGCUGGAGUGUGGAGGAUUUCGGUUAACUAAGUGGGCCAGUAAUCACAAAGGAGUGUUGGCUACCAUCCCACCGGAGGAGAGGGAAAAUGCACUGAAGGAAAUUGAUCUUAGGCAAGACAAAUUGCCAAUGGAGCGAGCCCUUGCGGUUAGGUGGCUCCUGGAAGGUGAUCAGCUCGCCAUCAAGGUGCAACCAAACUCAAGGCCAGCGACCAGGAGAGGAGUACUAAGCCUGGUCAGUUCUAUUUAUGACCCACUGGGGUUCGUGGCCCCAUUCAUCAUCAGGGCUAAAAUAUUAUUUCAGUGUGAAUGCAGGCGUCGAUUAGGGUGGGACGACCCUUUGUCGGCUGUUAAUCACACGACCUGGAGCACCUGGCUAGGAGAACUGGCCCACCUGGGGAAAUUAAGUGUACCCAGAUGCCUAAAAACAGCAUGUGCUAAAGAAAUCAUCUUAGCACAGUUGCACACCUUCUGCGAUGCAUCGCAGGCUGCUUACGGUGCGGUGACCUAUCUGAGAAUGGUAGACUCUGGCGGAAGUAUCCAGUGCUCUUUCGUGUACGGACGGGCCAAGCUGGCCCCACUCAAGCAACUGACAAUACCAAGGCUGGAACUUUGUGUAGCUGUCCUGGCAGUGAACGCUGAUCGAACGAUUCGCCGAGAAAUGACCAUGACCAUACACGAAUCUUAUUUUUGGACGGAUAGCAUGCUCGUCUUGCAGUACAUCGCCAAUUUGAGCAGACGAUUUCAAACGUUUGUAGCCAACAGGAUAGCAGUCAUACAAGAGCUGUCAAGAACUGACCAGUGGAGACGUGUCGGCACAUCGCUGAACCCAGCAGAUGAUGCAACUAGGACCUGGUUGCAGGAUCUAGGUGGAUACGAGGUCCUGACUUUCUACUCGGUGUUGAAGAACGGUGGCCAAGGAGAAAGGAACUGA